AUGUAUAGAGCCAUAGUCACCUUCAAAAAAUUAGGUAACAAGUUCUGCACCACCUUGCGAACCGUUAAUUAUUCAGUCUGCCAAUCCGGGUUCACCGACGCUGGUAAAAGUUUGGUGUCUCUUCAUCCGUGCUGGCGCGCUGAUGGGCAGUUGUACAAGUCAUCCAUGGUUUUCAGCAAUCCUGUAGUAAUUCAGCGUAGUUUUCAUCAGACUUCGCCAGAAAAGUAUAUUCCUAAAAUUACUUCAUCAUAUGAAAAUACAGCGUUAGAAAAGGGUAACAUAAUGUUGUUGGGGCCUACAGGAGCUGGAAAAAGGACAAUGGCUCAACUAACAGCUAAGAAAUUAGACUUACCACUUUCAAUUAGUUGGGCGGGAGACCAUAUAAAAAAUAUAAUUGGGAAACUGUUAAGGCAAGUAAAUUAUGAUGUUGAAAGGGCUCAAACUGCAGUUGAGCCACUGGUCAAGUUUCAUUCAUUAAAACUCAUCCUAUUGGGAUGCUAA